GGUGUGCUGACACUCCAGCGGCUAACGGGGAGUGAGACAACAUGCGCGCCGACGGCAAGUGUAGCUAGCGCUGAUAUUUACGUUUGUUUGAGUCAAAAAGGUGGAGAAAAAAAUCGACGCCGUGAGAAAAAACUGACGGUCACAGCUUUGCUAGCUCCGUUAAGUUUCCCAUUGCGGAUAGUUUACCGCGUCGGUGAUGUUGUCUUGCGGUGAUAUUACCUCCAAAGCUGCCGCACGCCUUCCUCUGCGGUGACUGGCCGUCGAGUCUGACAUCAACUCCCUGACGACGUCGGCUGUCCUGUUUUAAUCGGUGUUUCUGUCAGUCGGCGGCAUGUCGGAGUCCGGCCACAGCCAGCCCGGGAUGUACGGACAGGGCCGCAGGAGGAGGCGGCGCCGUGGGGACAGGGAUGCCGGUCCCCCGGGGCAAAAUCUGUCCGGCCCCAGCCGCGAUCGGGACUAUCAACCCAGAGAGCGACGGGAUGGGAGUGAGGAUCCACCAGGGCCGCUCCUCCAGAAGACCCCCAUCAUACUUGCGAAACCCCCCGGAGAACGGUCCAAGCCAUCUCAGAAUACGCCCGUCAGUGGAGCCCCUGCCCCGGACAAGCCCAUCAUGCUCAUCAAAGCCCGGGAGGACGGGGGGAAGCCGGGCACCCCUGCAGAGGCGGCCCCUCAGUCCUCUGGCUCCGGGCCCUCCAAGCUGGAGAGGGAAGGACAGCGGCCCACCCAGCCUGUCUAUCAGAUCCAGAACCGAGGAAUGGGUGCCUCUGCGUCGAGCAUUGUGGUCGACCCGGUGAUCGGCCAGUCUAAACUGCUCCCUCCAGAGAAAAUGAAGCACAGCAUUAAGCUGGUGGAUGAUCAGAUGAACUGGUGUGACAGUGCUAUGGAGUACCUGAGGGACCAAACGGACAUGCUGGUAGUGGGGGUCAUCGGCCUGCAGGGAACUGGGAAAUCCACCGUCAUGUCACUGUUAUCAGCCAACACCCCUGAGGAGGACCAAAGAGGCUAUGUAUUCAGGGCCCAGACUCAAGAAAUCAAGGAAAGAGGAGGAAACCAGAGCACGGGGAUUGACUUCUAUAUAACACAGGAGAGAGUCAUCUUCUUGGAUACGCAGCCUAUCCUCAGCCCCUCGAUCUUGGACCAUCUCAUCAACAACGACCGGAAGCUGCCUCCAGAGUACAACCUCCCUCACACAUAUAUAGAGAUGCAGUCUCUUCAGAUCGCUGCCUUCCUGUUCACUGUUUGCCAUGUGGUCAUUGUGGUUCAAGAUUGGUUUACUGACCUAAACCUUUACCGGUUUCUGCAGACUGCUGAGAUGUUGAAGCCCUCCACUCCCUCAGCAAGCCACGACAGCAGUGGCUCUUCAGGCAGUGAUGAUGGAGCUGAGUACUAUCCCCAUAUAGUGUUCCUGCAGAAUAAAGCCAGGCAUAAUGAGUUCUGCCCGAGGAAUAUGAAGAAGAUGCACAUGGUGGUGGACAAACUGAUGGCCCACUCUCAUCUCAAAUACAAAGGCACUUUGUCCAUGCUUGAAUGCAAUAUCUUCCCUGGCCUUGGGCGGGACUAUCUGGAGACUGAAGUUAACUUGUUCCUGCUGCCUCUGCAGGAGAAUGAAGGGGAAGAUGCUCUCAUUAAAACAGGGUCUGGGACAUCUCCACUCUUCUCUUUCCUGCCCGGGUACAGAGGACACCCCACCUUCUCCACCAUGGUCUCCAAGCUGCGCAGUCAAAUCCUAGCCAUGCCCCGCUGUCAGCUGUCACACACCAUCCUCACUGAGAAAAACUGGUUUCACUAUGCAGCUCGCAUAUGGGAUGGGGUGAAAAAGUCCUCAGCCCUCUCCGAAUACAGCCGCCUGCUGUCCUGACACCUCGGUUGAACCGCUGUGCUCCAGCACCAAGGCCCCUCAGAGACACAGGCAGUCUUCAGUCCUGUAAGAGCCACACAAGGAGAAAGGCGGCUCCGAAAAUGGACAGUGUCGUUUGCCUCCUACAGGAGAGGGAUGUUAAGCUGGUUGCCCUCUUUCUGGUGAAGAGUUGCACUGGGACACAGCCCUGUGCUGUGGGGAACUGAAGAGUGGUGAAAUGUUUUCUGUUAAGGUCUGACAAAAAUAUGUUUAUUUUUAUUUGACAGUGUGUACAGCCAUAUUGUGAAUGUGUUUAUGUUGUGCCGGCAGUCUUGAUGUAGGCGACAUGAUGGUGCAGAGAUGGAGAUGAAAAAGCAGCAUUUAAAAUAUCUCACCUAAAACAAAUUAGCCUUGUGUGAUGACACACAGGGUAAAGUCUGAAUAAAAGGAACCCAGCACAAAAAA